AUGGCCAACAAGUCGAAAUUUAUUGACUACAUUGAUGAAGCUCUGGAAAAAUCAAAAGAAACUGCACUUUCUCGCUUGUUUUUCACCCAUCAGGGGAUUCCGUACCCCAUCACCAUGUGCACUUCAGAAACUUUCCAGGCCUUGGACAACUUUGAAGCCAGAAGCAAUGACAUAGUGCUUGCAUCUUAUCCAAAGUGUGGUUCAAAUUGGAUUCUACAUAUCAUUAGUGAGUUAAUAUUUGCUGAAUCUAACAAAAAGUAUGAAUAUCCAGAAUUUCCAAUUCUUGAAUGUGGGGACCCAGAAAAAUAUCAGAGAAUGAAACAGUUUCCAUCCCCAAGGAUUCUGGCAACUCAUCUCCAUUAUGACAAAUUACCUGGGUCCAUCUUCAAGAAUAAAGCCAAGAUUUUGGUGAUAUUUCGAAACCCUAAAGAUACGGCAGUAUCUUUUUUCCAUUUCCACAACGAUGUCCCUGAUAUUCCAAGCUAUGGCUCCUGGGAUGAAUUCUUCAGACAGUUCAUGAAAGGCCAAGUUUCCUGGGGAAGCUAUUUUGAUUUUGCCAUUAACUGGAACAAACAUCUUGAUGAUGAAAAUGUUAAGUUCAUAUUAUAUGAAGACCUGAAAAAGAACCUGACCGCUGGAAUAAAACAAAUUGCUGAGUUCUUUGGAUUCUCUUUAACUGGGGAGCAGAUCCAAACCAUCUCAGCCCAGAGUACCUUCCAAGCAAUGCGAGCAAAGUCCCAGGAAACACACGGUGCCGUUGGGCCCUUCCUGUUCCGCAAAGGUGAAGUUGGUGAUUGGAAAAAUUUGUUCAGUGAAACUCAGAACCAGGAAAUGGAUGAAAAGUUCAAACAGUGCUUGGCAGGCACUUCCCUAGGAGCAAAGUUGAAGUAUGAAUCCUACUGCCACCCUUGA